AAAAAAAGAAAAUUUAUUUAUGGAUCCCGCACGUUUUGGUCUCUACUCUUUUUCAUCGCUGAACCAAACAGGGUAAAUUCUCUCUCUCCAAAACCAUUUACUCCAAUCACACAACAUUCGGUUCAGCGUUCACAGCGAUUGAAUGGGUCUUCUCACCAUCAUUAGAAAAAUCAAAAAGAAGGAAAAGGAAAUGCGAAUUCUUAUGGUUGGGUUGGACAAUUCUGGAAAAACUACAAUCGUUUUGAAGAUUAAUGGGGAGGACACUAGUGUCAUUAGUCCUACCCUUGGCUUCAACAUCAAAACCAUCGCCUACCAGAAGUACACUCUAAAUAUAUGGGAUGUUGGAGGCCAAAAAACAAUUCGAUCUUACUGGAGAAACUACUUUGAGCAAACAGAUGGUCUAGUUUGGGUAGUUGACAGUUCAGAUCUUAGAAGGUUGGAUGAUUGCAAAAUGGAGCUAGAUAACCUUCUAAAGGAAGAGAGACUAUCUGGAGCAUCCUUACUAAUUCUAGCAAAUAAACAAGAUAUUAAAGGUGCCCUUGCACCCGAUGAAAUAGCUAAGGUGUUGAACUUAGAAACUAUGGAUAAGUCGAGGCACUGGAUGAUAGUUGGCUGUAGUGCAUACACUGGUGAGGGUUUGCUUGAGGGAUUUGAUUGGUUGGUCCAGGACAUAGCAUCUAGGAUCUAUGUGCUCGACUAAUUAUGGUCAUGUCAAUAUCCGUGAAAGGGUUCAAAGUUCAAACUUUGAAUUUAAGAGCAUUCUUAAUCCCAAUAUGCUAUCUUAAGACAUCGUUAUGCAUCUCUAAGAUGUUUCACAUGGAAUUUUUCCGUUGAUGUGUACAAUAACAUUUAACGUUUGAAACCCAUAGGGAAAAUGGCUUCUUUGUGCCUCUUA